CCAAAAAAAAGAAAGGGAAGCUCAAAAGAGAGCGUUUUUUCCUCAAAAACAUGUGCCGCCAUUGAUACACAGAGAUGUAACAUCGGACAGAUCAAAGCUCCUUUUUUACUUUACGUUGUUAGAACAAAACAGAAAAUACCCGCCAUGUCCCCAUCCCUGUCUUCUUACCCCACGCGCCUCGCCAUCCUCACGCUCCUCUCCGCCACCACAGUCUACUUCUUCUACAAAUCCCGCCGUCAUCUCUUCAAACGCCUCAUAUCCUUAAACCCUAACCCUAAAACCCCUAAAGGCAAACUCUUUUUCAUAUCCCAAACUGGCACUUCUAAAACCCUAGCAAAAAAUCUUCACAGUUUAUUAAACCUCAAUGGGUUUGACUUUGACCUCGUUGACCCAAAAGAUUACGAGCCUGAGGAUUUGCACAAAGAAAGCUUUGUAUUAAUUAUAGCUUCCACUUGGGAAAACGGGAAACCCCCUUCAAAUGCUGGGUUUUUUAUUGAUUGGUUAAAUGAGAGUGUUGAUGAUUUUAGGGUUGGUUCUUUAUUGCUUAGUAAGUGUAAAUUUGCAAUCUUUGGAGUUGGUAGUGGUUCUUAUGGUGAAACAUUUAAUGCCGUGGCGCGUGAUUUUUCGAAGAAAUUGAGGCAACUUGGUGGGGUUGAGGUUUUAGAGGUGGGUGAGGGUGAUGUGGAUGAAGGUAAUUUGGAUGAGGUGUUUGGUAAGUGGAGCAAGAGGGUUGUUGGGGUUUGGAGUAAUUUAGGGCAAAAUGGAGGGUAUAUGGUGAAUGGAGUUGGUGAUGGUAAUGAAGAUGAAGUUGUGAGUGAGGGCGAUGAUGAUGAUGAUGAUGAUGAUGAUGAUGAUGAAUUCGAAGAAAAUGACGAGGGGUCAGAAAUUCUUGAUCUUGAGGAUAUUGCGGGUAAAGGGCCUUCGAGAAAGAAAGGAGUUGGAGAUAAAUUAGUUAAUGGGAAGUUGAAUGGUGAUAUUGUGAAUGGAGAGAAAGAAAUGGUAACUCCAGUUAUUAGGGCGAGUUUGGUGAAACAGGGCUAUAAAAUAAUUGGUUCACAUAGUGGUGUGAAACUUUGUAGAUGGACAAAAUCACAACUUAGAGGGCGUGGAGGUUGCUAUAAGCACUCGUUUUAUGGCAUUGAGAGUCACAGGUGCAUGGAAGCAACUCCUAGUUUAGCAUGUGCGAACAAAUGUGUUUUUUGUUGGAGACAUCACACAAACCCUGUUGGGAAGAGCUGGAGGUGGAAGAUGGAUGACCCCAUUGAGAUUGUGGACACAGCUAUAGAUUUGCAUACCAAAAUGAUAAAACAGAUGAAAGGCGUUCCAGGUGUUAAAGCUGAGCGUUUGUCUGAGGGUCUUUCUCCUAGGCAUUGCGCCUUGUCACUGGUUGGCGAGCCUAUUAUGUAUCCAGAAAUAAAUUCACUUGUAGAUGAGCUGCACAAGAGGCGGAUUUCGACUUUUCUAGUAACUAAUGCGCAGUUCCCUGACAAGAUUAAGUUGUUGAAACCAAUCACACAGUUGUAUGUUAGCGUAGAUGCUGGUACAAAGGACAGCUUAAAAGCAAUUGACAGACCACUAUUUGGAGACUUCUGGGAGCGUUUUCUUGAUUCCUUGAAAGCUCUCAAGGAGAAGGAGCAAAGAACUGUGUAUCGUUUGACACUUGUUAAAGGGUGGAAUGCAGAAGAAGUGGAUGCAUAUUUUAACCUAUUCAGCAUCGGAAAACCUGAUUUCAUUGAAAUCAAAGGUGUCACUUACUGUGGAUCGUCGGCUACAUCAAAGUUGACAAUGGAGAAUGUCCCUUGGCACUCUGAUGUGAAGGAAUUCUCUGAGGCCUUGGCUAAAAAGAGUAAUGGAGGGUAUGAGGUUGCUUGUGAACACGUGCAUUCUUGCUGUGUUCUUCUGGCUAAAGUCGAUAAGUUUAAGAUAGACGGUCAGUGGUACACGUGGAUAGACUACGAGAAGUUCCAUGACCUGGUCGCGUCUGGAAAACCCUUUACUAGUAAGGAUUACAUGGCGCCUACACCAUCUUGGGCCGUCUAUGGAGCUGAGGAAGGCGGGUUUGAUCCAGAGCAAUUGCGUUAUAAAAAAGAGCGACACCACAAAUCAUCUCGUAAAGAAAAUGGUUCUUGAAAGUGCAAAGCAGUUUUCUUUACCUCUGAUGGCUUACAAUUUUGUUUCACAGAGUUAGAUUUUGCUUUCCUUGCAUUUCUCCUUGAAAGAGCCAGCUUGUAUUAGUGGUGGUCAUCGGUCGUUUGGUAUUUUGGGUUCAGUCUUAAAAAUGUUAUACCAAUAUCAUACCAAAAUAAAUAUGGUUCGGUUUUUCAUU